AUGGAAGCAGUUUCGUUUAAUUCCUCUUUGCUCCUCUCGUCUCCCGAUUCUCGCCGGAAAAUGGGUAUCGGCCGGCGAGCGGAACGGCACGCCGGCGUUCGUGCGUCGAAAGAAGAUGGAGAAUUCAGUUACGGCGGCAACCUUGUCGACGACAACAUGAUCGUUCUACGGAAGCGAAUUCGGGAGAUGAGCAUGGCGGACAGAAGCUACGCGCCGCCAUCUGAUUGGAUGGACUGGGAGAAGCAGUAUUACAAGAAUUACAAUUCCGACGUUUGCGAAGCAAUGGGGAUUUUGCAAUCGAUGUUGAUGAAUACGAGGCCGAGCUUGGCUCUGGGAAUGUUCGUUCUUAUUGCUCUGAGCUUACCCACAUCGGCAGCUGUGAUUGUGUUUUGUUUGAUGGAGAGAGCUAUCACCUUAUCUGGGUUUCUUAUAAGCUAA